AAACUGGACCGUUUCUGGGCGGGUGAUGUUGCAGUGCAGUAUAUAAACCGACGAACCAACCCUUCGAUAUCACAGCCACUCGGUACUAAGAGCUAGCACCACAUCAAUAUGAAGGUCUUCUUAGCUGUCGCCCUCGUAGUAUCCAGCGUAUCAGCUGGGCUACUGCCAGCUCCAGUAGGCUACGCCAGGCCGUACGGCUUCGCUGCUCCUCUGGCAGCGCCACUGGCGCCCGUGGCAGUGGCACGACCGGCCUUUGCUGUCGCGAGGCCAGCGAUCGCGCCAUACGCCGUGGCCAAGGUUGCACCAGUCGAAGACUACGACCCCAACCCACAAUAUUCAUACGCCUAUGACAUUCAGGAUGCUCUAACUGGUGACUCAAAGAGCCAGCAAGAAUCCCGUUCUGGAGACGUCGUCCAAGGCUCUUACUCACUAGUGGAGCCUGAUGGUACCCGCCGUGUGGUGGAAUACACGGCUGACCCUCACAACGGCUUCAAUGCCGUCGUUCAUAAGGAACCCCUGGGGGCAGUGGUCAAGGCUGUAGCCCCAGUGGCCGCCUACCACUAGUCCGAAUUUCCUAAACAGACCCAACAGUGUAGUUAUUGCAGUUUUAUCUUUAAAAUUAUUCGCAUAAUUUUUGUUAAAUAAUGCGGUAUUUUAUUAUUUAUUAUACGAUGCUGGGCAUCUAUUAAAAAGUCUUUUAAUUUUACUAUGUAAGAUUAAAAGAAAAAUAUAAAUAUUCAUAUAAAUAAUUAUACUGCUCGGUCUGUUUGAAGCUGUUUUGUUAAAAAUGACCUGCGCCUAUUUUUAUGUAGAUGAGUGUAAAAUAUAAUAAUUGUUUUGUAAUUCUUAAUGUAAAUAAGUGUUAAAAGCUAGGGUAAUAAAUAUGAGGAAUCAAAUAUUUAAA